AUGAAUACUCAAUACACAAUUGUUGUGGAUGAAAACGCCAAACUCAUUGCUGACAUAGAAAAUGAAUCCAGAGAUGUAUUUUCUACCGGCAAAGUAUUUGGUACUUUAUCCGAUGUCAGAGAGGCUGCUAAAGCUUUUGGUGUGAAGUACAACUUUCCGUUUAUUACUUACAAAUUAAACCAAAAGUUCAUUCACUUGAUGUGCAAUCAUGAAAAAGAGUAUGAAAACAAUCAUAAGUGUGUUUCUGGAAACGAAAAGAUCGUUGUUCGCCAAAAGGACACCCAGCGCAUUGGUUGUCCUUGCUACAUUUACGCAAGCAAGAAUAAAUUCUAG